UAUGCUCUAAAAAUUAUCCACUAACUAUAUGAAAUUGUUGUAACAAUAAUUUCAGAAAAUAGGAUCAAAGGAAGUAAAAAUUGGAAUUAGCAGAAAUUAAAAAAUAAUAAAUGAUGAAUUUAAUUUACAACCAUUAAGUAAUGCCUAGAACAAUUAUAUCCUAGAUUCAUUUAUCUAUAUUUGUCAUCAAGUGAUCUUUAAUCUAAAGUCCUCUAAUCAAUUAAUUUAUUAAUCAUCUAAUUAAAACCAUUCAACAUUGCCAGCAAAAGUAGAUUUAGACUUGUCAAAAUGAUUAAAAUAGAUAUGAAUGAAGAUGAAGACGACCAAUCAGAAAAAAUUAGGUAUCCAUAUUAAGAAAUAAAAAUUGUUUUUUUUGAUCCGAAAUAAUUAACUUCUUGA